GUGUUCAGCUUUUGAAAAAGUAUAAGGCAGAGGGGAUCUCAAAAGGAUCUCUGACUUGCAGGAAGGAUGAAUGAGUUUGGAGAAUAGAGUGCCACAGAGCACAGGAAAAAGUCUAAGUGGUAAUUAACAUAGCAUGAAGCAUUUUAUUAAGAAAACAUGGAUUAAUAUUAGCUGGUGUACGGCUAGGCUGCCUCCUCUAUUUUGAACGAGUGAUUAAGAAUUCUGAGCACUUGCUGUCUCUUCAACACAACAGAUAACAACAGUCACACUGAGGCACUCAGGGGCUCAGCUCAUCAGAAGAACAAAACACAACCGCCUUCGUUCAUGCAGUCACUGCAAAUCAAAUCUCAAGUUUUGCUUCAUCACUGCAGAGAAAUGCAUUCUGAAUCAAAUAUUCAGCAACUUGGAUAAACAAUGACAAAAAUUACUGCAGCUGCAGCAAGAAAUCUUAGCUGUAAAUCUGUUGUGCUUGAGAUCCAUAACCUGGUUAGAAGCUGUGAAGUGUUUGAGAGUGAGCAUGCUGAGCAGUUGAUAAAACAGUGCUGCAUUCGCUGCUCUGUGGAAGAGUGUUGUAUGCAUGGCAUAGGAAGGAGUUUGGCAGAAGGCACUGAACACCACAGCUGAGAGACAGUGUGCCUGCUGAGAAGGCCUGGCUGCCGUGGAAACAGGAAGAAAGCAACCCAAAGGAGGCAAGUCUUCAAGAAAGGGGCGGGCAUCUGAGAAAUGGAGAGAGGGAGAGAGAGGGAGAGAAAGAAAGGUGGAGUAUAGUAAGAGAGAGAGAGAGAGAGAGAGAGAAUUGCAAGCCAGAGGAGGGACAGCGUAACACAGAGAAUCUGUGAGAGCGGUGAGAGAGAGAGAGAGGUUGUGGGUAUGAAGAAGAAAUGUGAAAUAGUGAGAAGGAAACACAGAGUCCAUUUCCACUUUAAAAAAAGGAGCUUUAAAUGGCACUGCCAGUCUCAGCCAGUUCCAAACCAGUGGAAAAGAAGCUGAGGAGCUAAAUUUGAGAAGAUCUCCAGGGCAGCAUGGAGAACCCCCGAGUGGAGAGGAGGAGCAGAGGAGAACACACACACUCAGACCUCCUGCAGGAGGAGCACCAGCAGGACUCCAAGCCUUCAACAUACUACCGAGACCACCACAGAUGCCCACAGGAGGAGCGCUAAAACACACAGGAAGCUGAAGUGGGUACAGCGCGUGGCCGAUGUUCCGGGCCGUGCGCUGGGCCGCGGGUUCGGGCCGUGGAGGUCGCGGGCUGCGGUGGCUCAGGGCAAGAGUGCGGCGCAGGAGUGCUGUUCUCUUCAUCCUGCUCUGGCUUGCCUCAUGGCUCUUUCUCAGCGGCCUGCUCUUCGUGCACACGACCAUGUUUUCCGACUUCUGCACGGAUGACAAGAGCAGGAGGAUUCUCCAAAGGCUGUGUGAGGAAUACCAGCAAGGUGUAUUAACAGGUGACCUAUGUGAAGACCUUUGCGUGGGCAGCCAUGUUGAAUACAAGCGCUGUCUCUACUAUGAGAAUGGAAAGAAGGUCAUGGCGGCCAGCUGGCGAGGCAUGCCAAUCGUCCUCAAGUCCAAGCUCGAGAAUUUCUCCUCCUAUGAGGCUUUGGCUCUGCUGGAGUAUCAGGACACAGCAGGUGAUGUAGGGGCUGAAGAAGAGCUUUCACCCCUGGAUGUGGUGUUUUAUGCAACUUUGCAGAUUAAGAACUUGUUGGGCCUGGAGGCUGGGAGUAACCUGACACUACCAAGGCUUUGGGGCCAGAAACUAAAAAAAAGGUCCCAAUCAUACUCGCGGGCUGAGCUGGCCUCGCUCUGGGCUCUGCUCCAACAGGAGGAAUACGCCUUUCUCCGUGUGAUGCAGGACCUGACGGACCAUGUGGCCAAGGUGCUGGGCUCCUGCGGCCAUUUUUACGCAGUGGAAUAUCUUGCUGCUGGCCACACAUGGGACCAGAAUAUCUUCUCGCUGGAGGAGUUCUCUCAGAGCCCAAAAAGUGGAGAAGGACGGACAAUGACUGAGAUAGACAUGGUACCUCGAGUUGCCCUGAGCUUCUUGGACAUGGUGGACCACUUUGAGAAUGACUUUUCUCAUCACUUGCACCUCUGUGAUAUCAAACCAGAGAACUUUGCCAUCAGGAAGGACUUGACGGUGGCAGCUAUAGAUGUGGACAUGGCCUUUUUUGAGCCCAAAAUGCAGGACAUUCUUGAACAAAACUGCACCAACGACAACGACUGCAAUUUCUUCGACUGCAUCUCUAAAUGUGACAAAAAGAGAAACAAGUGUGGAUCAAAACGCAAAAACAGCAACCUUCAGGUGAUCUGUGAGAAGAUCUUCCGCUCGUGGUUCUCUCCCACGCUGCUGGGGGAUAAAGCGGGGCGCCCCCUUCAGGUGGAGCUCCAGCAGGCGGUGCAGGAUUGUGCAGAGACAGAGGGAGGAGAGUAUGCAGAGCGUGCCCGGAACAUACGGCUGCACCUUCAGGGCCUCCUCACGCAACUGGUCCAGGAGGACUCGGCCAAUCAUCAGAGCCGAAAGCAAGCACACGCAAAACGCCGCAUCCAUACAGCACUCAAUUUCUGAGAGAUCACAUGAAAACGAUGCUUAGCAGUGAUAAAAUAUUCAGAUUCAGCUCAUCUCCAGUUUAUAGUUUAUUUUGUGUAGCUGGUUUACCAUUGGACUGUAGUCACACUGUGCAGUUUUAAAUGUAAUAGGAGUUAAACAACUAUGCUAUUAUCGUUUCAAUUUUGUUCAUUAAAGAUAAAAAAAAUAUUCUUACAAAAUACUGGAUGUACUGUAAAUAACAGUUUUGUAUAGAAAAACGUAUAUAUGUAAAUUUGCAAACAUCAAUAAAAUAAGCUCUCACCAUCUUCUUCUUGUGAGAAUUUGCAUCACAAACCAACAGCUGCCUUUUAUCUGUUUAUUAUUUAAUGGUUCCAUAUCAACACCUAGCUGAGAAACUCAAGGAUCAAACCAACAUUUGUUUCCCAUCACUUGAGCGCAAUGGAAGAAUUUGGUGGAUUCUUUCAUCUCAGCAUUCGUCUUUUAGCAACAAUUCCUUCCUCAAAGGAGAUCACGUUCCAGUCAGUCUCCAGCUGUCUGCUCAACAAGGGUCAGAAAGGACAGACUAAACACAACCACGGGUCAAGCAAAGAUGUAGAAGACAAGAUGUAUUACAGCACAGG